AUGCCCUUGCUAGAGGCGCCUGCCGAGUACUUGGAGCCCUCACCGGAUCACUCCCUGCAGGCGGAGCUGCCGGUGCUACUGGCACCCCCGGGUCCGGCAGCCUUGGCACAGAUCCGAAUGCCACCGCCAGAGGUGAGGCUCAAUCAACAGAAUCCCGGCCAGCAGCAGCAGCAACGGGCUCAGAUAAAUCGCCGGCAGCUGGCCCGCCGAAACUCCUUCGACCGGGAUGUGGCUAUUACCGAGGAGACGCAACACUUUCCGGCCUUUGUGCAUCUGCUGCCAGUGGUGUUGCCCCAGCAGGCGCCAGAACCGACCUUGGAUGAGCUAUUGCGCAGGGUAACACAGCGCACGGACCUGGAGGCGGUGGAAUCCGUACGCCUGCGUGUGAUCUCCUACACGAUUAGUCUGUCCCGGCUGUCGCUCUUCCUGCCGCGCCUCCAGACGCUCGACCUGAGCGGCAGCGUGCUAAGUUCGCUGCGCGACUUGGGCUACGGACUGGUCCAGCUGACCCAGCUGGACAUCAGCAACUGUGGCCUGAACAGCUUCGAUGGCACCAGCGGCCUUCCCGGAAUCCGGGUGCUCAUCGCCGACGGCAACAUGAUCCAGCGCGUGGACCCGCUGGCCGAGCUCGUCCACCUCAGGGUGCUGAGGGCACGAGGCAACCGGAUCAGUGAGCUGGGACUGCUCUCCUUCCUGGGCAUAUGUCCACAGCUGCAGGAGGUAGAGCUGCAGGGCAAUCCCGUCUGCCGGCUGCCCCUGUACCGAUCACUCCUCGCACGCAGUGUUCCCACGCUUCUUCUGCUGGACGGACAGGCACUGAACGCGCCGCCGCAAGAGAUCGAAGAAAUUCCGUCUCCGGCCUCCAGUGAGUCGGAUUCGCCGCUUCAAAGACCGGCCACAGCCCCAGUGGUCACUCCCGCUCAAAUCUCCUUGAAUGUCGGCAUCCGACGACAGCUGUCGGCCAACUCCACCUCCACUCCGGUGGCAGGAUCGGUUCUGGGCCUGGUGCGGCAGCGGCGGCGGCGGAGUGGCCAUGCCUGGGUCAGUUCAUCCUCCUCGUCUGCAUCCAGUGGACCGUCAUCCGCCUCCUCGGAGAGAUCCACCCGUGCGCCAUCGGUGAGCUCGUGCUCAUCCAACAGCAGCCUGGACAUGCAGUCAUCGACCUACACCUUUAGCCCGCACUCGACGCUGGACUAG